AUGGCAACUGCAGCAUCCAUAGCAAUUAAUACGAAAGUUGCACAAUGUGAUAAUGACUUCCAACAUACACCCGGGGCGUGGCCGGCCGCCGUGGGCGAGGGCGGGGGCGACGGCGAGUGCUCGGCGCUGGGGCUGCAGGUGGAGGUGGCGCUGAGGGCGGAGCGCAACGCGUCCGGCCACUGGCUGCUGGCGGCGGCCGCCUCCGCCGACGUGGCUUCGCGCGCGCGCCCGCUGCUGGCCUCGCACGCGCGCCUCCACGUGGCUGACGCGUGCGCGGGCGGGUGGGCGGCGCUCGCCUCCACCACGGCCACGCCCCACCGCCGCGCAAAGAGAGUGCUCACAGGGCUUCGCAAUGCAGCUGCGAUGACGGCCAAACGUGACGCCAGUGAAGUGGCCUACGCCCACGGCAACCAGGCGAUGAAUGCCGCAGAUACAGCAUUUAUUGAGUAUAAUCUUAAGGCCACGUCCAUGGAAGUGGAACGCCAGACUGAUCUCCGUUGGAUUGAUGUAGUAAAGGAAGACCUGAGAACUUUGAGAGUGAAGAGAUAG